AUGUCUGCUGACCCUAAAGUCUUUUUAAUGGGUGAAGAGGUUGGUGAGUAUCAAGGUGCAUACAAGAUUUCCAAGGGGCUUUUGGAGAAGUAUGGUCCCGACAGAGUUGUGGAUACUCCUAUUACUGAGGCUGGUUUUACUGGAAUUGGAGUUGGUGCAGCUUACUAUGGUCUCAGGCCUGUGAUUGAGUUCAUGACUUUUAACUUCUCUAUGCAGGCCAUCGACCACAUUAUUAAUUCUGCUGCAAAAUCAAAUUAUAUGUCAGCUGGUCAGAUUUCAGUGCCUAUUGUUUUCAGGGGUCCAAAUGGUGCUGCUGCUGGUGUUGGGGCUCAACAUUCCCAGUGCUAUGCAGCAUGGUAUGCUUCAUGCCCAGGAUUAAAGGUUCUGGUUCCAUAUUCAUCAGAGGAUGCUCGUGGCCUGCUGAAAGCUGCUAUAAGGGAUCCAGAUCCUGUUGUUUUCCUUGAAAAUGAAUUGCUAUAUGGUGAAUCAUUCCCUGUUUCUGCCGAAACUCUUGAUUCCAGUUUUUGUCUUCCAAUUGGGAAAGCUAAGAUCGAACGCGAGGGAAAGGAUGUUACAAUCACUGCUUUCUCAAAAAUGGUUGGCUAUGCUCUUCAGGCUGCUGAUAUUCUUGCGAAGGAAGGAAUUAGUGCUGAGGUGAUAAAUCUUCGCUCGAUUCGCCCCCUUGAUAGGUCGACUAUAAAUGCUUCUGUAAGGAAAACCAAUAGGCUUAUUACUGUCGAAGAAGGUUUCCCUCAACAUGGCAUUGGUGCAGAGAUCUGCGCAUCUGUUCUUGAAGAUAGCUUUGAGUACCUUGAUGCCCCUGUUGAGAGGAUUGCCGGGGCAGAUGUUCCCAUGCCCUAUGCUGCAAAUCUUGAGAGAAUAUCCGUCCCACAGGUUGAGGACAUUUUGCAAUUAACAAAAGUUGGAAGAAGAUUAAUCUGUAAGAAAACCAACGAAGCUGAGUGA